GGGGGUGAGAAAACGUUCUAAACGGAUGCUUCGACUUUAUAGCUCCCGUGACGUAUCUGAGUUACCCCUUCUGUCUGUGGUACGGUUGACAGAGAUGAGGUAAGGGGGACAUGGUGAUGUCUAUGAGGGGGCAUGCAGGAGGAGAAGGAAACGUGCCACAUCGAUAAAGGUCACAGGUGUGUGAUAGUGAAGGGGUGCUGGACUGCGUGGGAAACUCAGCUUCCAUUCCCAUCCCAGCUCACAGACAUCAGACCUAGCCUACAGCCAGCUCACAGAGAGACAGAACAAAUGUGGUUGUAUUUAGUCAUCUUUGGAUGUCUAUCACUGUGUGUUCCUGCUCCAGCGGUGGAGCAGGGGAGGAGUUGUGUGUUCCUGACCAGUUCCCGUAACUCCAAGAAAAUGGAGGAGGGUCACGUUAACGGUACAAUCCAGUACUGUGCCCACACUAACUGCUGUGUCGGCUUCUUUCGUAUUAUCGAGGGCCAGCCAGUGGCAGAACUACAAGGUUGCAAAAUGGUAGUCGGUGGCUGCCUAGAUCCUACCUGCUUUACAUCAACCACCCAUUUAGACUACAUUAGAUGUGAGUGCAGCUCAAACCUCUGUAAUGGCAACAUCACGUGGAACGCAGAAGAGAAGCAACCUCAACUCAAACACUCAUCUCACUCUACAGACAUGGUCACGGCCACUGUGGUUGUCCUUGGGAUGUUACUGUGUACCCUAGUGGUGGCAGUUAAAUGCAGACAUCGUUUCAGAGGUUACGAUGACAAGCAGCAUCUAUCUUUGCCAGAGGAAUCUCUGACCUCACUGUGCUCAUGCCACAUAUCAAAACAGUCUGAUAUGGACCUGACCAGCAUGGAACUACAACAGGAAAGUAUUCACAUUGUGGGUAGUGGUCACUUUGCGUCGGUGUGGCAGGGAAGUUACCAAGGGACUACGGUGGCUGUGAAGGUGUUCCCCACCUGGUGCAGACAGGAGUUCACAGUGGAGAGGGAAGUGUACGGACUACCACACCUGGUGCAUGCUGGGAUUGCUCACUUCCUGGGAGCUGGCAGGAAGUCAGAUAGCGGAGACUGUGUCCUGCUCCUGGAGCUAGCCACAUGCGGCUCUCUCAGUUCCUUCCUGUCCAAGAACAGCAGUGACUGGACGACAACACUGAAGCUGGCCCAGUCUCUGUCUGAGGGACUGGCUUACCUCCAUUCUGACUUCCACAGGCAUGGGGUGCACAAGCCAGCGGUGGCCCACAGAGAUCUCAGUAGUAACAACGUGCUAGUGAGGGACGAUGGUACCUGUGUCCUGUGUGACUUUGGCUCUUCCACCAUCCUGCGCUCAUGCGCCGGUCCACACAGCUGGCAGCGCUACAUGGUUAACGUACAGAGCCAGGUGGGGACGUUGUGCUAUAUGGCCCCCGAGCUCCUGGAUGGCUGUGUGAACCUGAGCAGUGGCUGGUGUCUCAUACAGGGAGACGUCUACUCCUUAGGAACGCUGCUUUGGGAGCUGCUGAUGCGCUGCUCAGACCUUUUCAUAGGCUGCCCAGUGCCAGAACACAGACUGCCUUAUGAAGAGGAGCUAGGGGCCAGUCCUUCUUUAGAGCAGCUCAUAGUCCAUGUAUCCGAGAGAAGGGAACGUCCUUCAGUACCCAAACACUGGCAACAGGGCUUGCAUGACAUUCUGUUGGACAGUUGGGACCAUGACUCAGAUGCCAGACUGACAGCCCAGUGUGCCAGGGACAGACUAGUGUCUCUACCCCCCUGUUGCUCCAUAUGAUAUAUAUAUAUAUAUAUAUAUAAUAUACA